CACUUUUAUUGUGAAAAGACAAGCGGAAACACUGAAUUUUCCGUAUCCGGGGAAAAGGUGCAGAUGAAAGAAGCCCGUGUUCUCCCCAGGAGACGCUUUCAAUGAGUUGAGACCCGUCCAGAGUUUCAGAGAGGAUGGAGAACCGGGCCGUGGAGAAGAACCACAUGUCCUGUCAGACGUGGGUCGGCCAGAACGGCUGGGCCACGCCUUCCUCUCAGGGACUCUUCCUCAACCCGCAUGGUGGCUCCCAGCACCUUGGCCUGGGCUCCCCGGAUCCGGGCUCCUUGUUCGGCCCCCUGCAGGGCUCCCGUCCCAGCUGCAUGGGCGACAUGAGCGCGCUGGCGAGCGUGCAUCACGCCGCUCUGAAGCCCCUCCACAUGAGCAGCGUUCCAACGUCCAACUCGCUGUUCGACAACAUCACACACCAGGGGGCUUCCCACCUGCUGUCCUUUGCUCAGCAGAUGGCGGACCCCUCGUCUGUGCUGGCGACCUCCAACCAGGUGAAAUCGGCCCCCUCACUGACUCUCCCCCCACCAAACCACGAGCUGCCGCCCUGCAGGCCGCCGCAUCUGACCCAGGUCCCGCCCCCUGACCCCCACAAAGCUUUCCAGGCGCCGCUAGCCGGCCACGCUUUAGUUAACGGGCAUCAGGAUCUCGCCGUCAGCUUUUCGGCGUGCGCCCCGCACGCCAUCCCAGCUCCUUUUGGGGCGCAGGGCCUGGAACCGGGGGGUGUCUCUGGAUUUACUCAGAGCUACGGGGCGUCUGCCGCUCAGGACCAACCUCCAUGGUCGUCCUCACACAGCCGAGGAGUUUUGAACGAGUCCGUCCCAAAUGCCAGAGUGUGUCCGAACAGAAACCCGAUUGAAGAGGAGCCAGCCGUUGCCAUGGCCGGCAGCGGCAGAAGCCGCUUGAGCCUUUUGCAGCAGCGCGCGCAACUCCUCAAGCAACUGGAAAACAUGAACAAACUGCUGGAGUCCUUUCCUCCUGAGGAGGAGGACGGGGAGCAGCCUUCAAACACGGCGCUUCACGAAUCCUCGAGUGAGAAGUCGGAGUCCAGCGGUGAAGCUCAGCGCUUUUCCCCGCAGGAAAAGCUGCGUCCUUCAGAGGAUUUCCCAACUUCAACCUGUGACGAAGAAAACGGAGCUCAAGACGAUUCUCUGCAUCCCAUUGAACAGAAGGAAGACAAACCCGUCAAGUCUGAUGACCGUGACGAUGACUACCUACCAAGUGGAGACAACAGCUUCUCCGACUCCUGGUCUGAGGAUGAAGAUGUGCCCCCCCCUGCUCCAACCAGUCCGAGCCGAGCCUGUAGCCCCGCGGGGGAGGAGCCGGCCCUCAAGCAGGAACAGAGAGCUGAAUCUGAGGAGUCUUCGUCUGAGGAGAGCGGCGACUCUCCUCCCCCUCCGACGCAGAAAAGCCCUCAGAGGCGGAGCUUGGAGACCAUGGUGCUUCCUGCCACCAGCACCAAAGCGCGGCGAGCGUACGACAAGAGGAACUACUGCCUGUUCUGCUCCAAGCCCUUCCUCAAAGUGCCGCGGCACCUCGUGAACGUCCACAGCGACAGGGCGGAGGUGGCGGUGGCCUUCCAGUAUCCUCCUCAUUCCAAGGAGAGGAGCAGGAUCUGGAAUAAGCUGACCAACGAGGGGAACUUCGCUCACAACAAGAAGGUUCUGAGCUCGGGGCGGGGCCAGCUGGCUGUGAAGAAGAGACCGAGCCGGCCCACCAAGGCCGCCGAGUUCGCUCACUGCAUUCACUGCCACGGCCUGUUCGGAGCCAAGACGCUCUUCAGGCACCUGAAGAACUGCCCGGAUAAGGUGAAGGCGGAGGAGGAGCCGGCGGCGGCGCGGAAGCGCAUCGUCUCGCAUUGCGCGCUCCUAGCGGUGAACUUCGCAGAGCGAGGCAUCAGCGAGAGCGUGAAGGACAUCAUCAGCGAGAUGGUGUACGACGAGGUGACGCGGGCCAUCGUGGAGGACCGGACCAUCUUACGGUUUGCAGAGCAGAUGCUGGGCGAGCACAGCAGGGACGACUUUAACUACAUCCGGCAGAACCUGCGGCAGACCGCCAGGCUGGUGCUGGAGGCCCAGAAGACCACGCCCCUGGAGAGGCUGCAGGACUUCUUCCACCCCCAGAACUUCCACCACGUGGUCUCCGCCGUGAGGGUCCUGUCGGGCUACGACCACGACAAGAAACGCUUCAGCUGCCCCUCGCUGGCCAUCAAGCUGGGCUACAACCUGCAGAAGAUCUGCGGCAUCGUGGAGGCCGGCGCCGUGCAGUCAGAGGACGCGGAGAGGGCGGAGUCUGCCAGGAUGUUCCUGUCAGUCUACAAAAGGAAAUGGAACAAGCUGGUUUCAUCGGCGGCGCUGAGGAACCUCAGAGAACUGAAACGGAAGAAAGAGGCAGACGUUCCUCUCGCCGAGGACGUGAAGCUGCUGCAGUUCCACGCGGAGGAGGUCCACCGGCUCGCCGAGCAGAAGCUCCGAGAGCGAGUCAGCGUGGAGAACUACGCCGCUCUGACCCGGGCGGUGCUCGCCCGCACCAUCCUCUUCAACCGCAGGAAGACGGAGGAGGUGUCCAAGAUUUCCGUGGCCAAGUUCCUGUCACGGAAAAGGUCGGAGCAGCUGGACGACAUGGACGUGUCCGUGUCCGACCUGGAGCGGAGGAUGUGCCGGUUCUUCACCAGGAUCGACAUCCGAGCCAGCAGCGGCAGAAUGGUUCCGGUUCUGCUCAAACCGUCCCUGGAGUCUUCCCUGGAGCUCCUCAUGAAGGUCCGGGAAGAAUGUGGAAUCCCCAAGAACAACAGGUUCCUGUUCGCGCGCCCGUCCGCGCAGACCGCCUACAAGGGCUCCGCGUGCGUCCAGCACUUCGUCAGGGAGUGCCGGGCGCAGAAGCCCGCCGCGCUCACGGCGCUGCAGAUCCGGAGGCACUUCGCCGCCAUGCUGCAGCUGAUCAACCUGGAGGAGGACGAGGCGCUGCUGGUGCUGGGGCCGGACAACCCCGUCCAGACGCUGCGGCGGGACAGCGGCGCCGUGUGUGACGACAGCUUCAUGGAGACCGGAGUCAAUCCUUUCUUUAAUAUGGGACAACCUGCCUGCUGUUGCCUGCAGCAACAAGAACCAGAGAUGGAACCCUUUAAAAAGUUCCUCAUUGCAGUCAGAUCACAAACAUCUGGGAGUCCUUCAGACCAACACAACGGAGCGUCGGGUCCAGACCGCGGUUCUGCUGAACAUCAAGGACAGGAGGGGGCGGGGCAUGGCCACAGGAGCGGCGAAGCCAGGAGACGAGGUUCCCGUAAACCGUCCAAGUCGAAAUGGUCGGAGGCGGAGGUGCGCGCCGUGGAGCAGCACCUGAUGGAGUUCAUCCGGAAGCACAGAGUGCCGCAGAAGUACGACUGCCUGCAGUGUCUGGACGCCGAGCCUCGGGCGCUGAGGGCGCGCUCCUGGAAGGCCGUGAAGGACUACGUCCGGAACCGGAUCACCACGCUGCGCCGGCAGAGCGGCUCCGGCGUGAGGCCUGCUGGGAAAUCCUCGGGAGAGAAAGCCAGAGCGGCGCCCCCCAUCCAGACGCCUGACGGGACACCAGCAGCCCCCCCCAGAGCGCAUCCCUCAGACUCCAGAGCGCCGACCAAGGUGAAGUGGGCGGAGUCCGAGGUCCACGCCGUGGAGAGGCACAUGAUGCGCUUCAUCACCCAGCACAAGGUUCCUCAGAAGAACGACUGCGUCCUGUGUCUGGAGGCGGAGCCACAGGCACUGCGGGCCCGCUCCUGGAGAGGCGUGAAGGACUACGUCCGAAACCGGAUCACCACGCUGCAGAGGCAGAGCGGCUCCGCCAGGCGCUCCUGGAAGAAAGGCGGCAGAUCGGAGAACUCUCGGCACCGGAGCGUCCUGCAGCAGCUGUAGCUGAAACCUCACGUUCUGUUUCAGGGUUCCUGAAAAAACUCAACGUUGUGUUCAGCAGAAACAUUUAACAUUGAAACAAACGUUUUCUUUCAUUUUAUGGACCUUUUGUUACCGUUUUAUAAAUCUAACAACUGAAGUUUUACAGAUUUAGUCGAAGUUUGGAGACUUAAGUCCAGUUAGAAUGAAUUUUUUGAUUCUCCCUUUGAAAAGUUGAAGCAUUUUGUUAAAAAAAAAGUGUACUUUUCAGAGUAAAAGAUGUCAAAUAGAAA